AUGAACAUCUGUGUGCGCUGCGGGCCGACCGUCCUCACUGACAGGCGGCUCCGCUGCAGGCGCAGCAGCCCCGCGGUCACCUGCUCUAUGGAGCAAGAGCUCUGCUUUGAGUCCAGAAACACUUCAUGUCUGAGGACAAUCUAUCCCAUACCCCUACGUGUUACCCUCUAUAUGAUUUUAGGGGUCACAGUCAUUCUAACAGUGUGUGGAAACCUUUUGGUCACUUUCUCAGUGGCUUAUUUCAAGCAGCUCCAUACUCCAACAAAUUACCUGAUUUUCUCUCUCGCUGUGUCUGACCUGCUUUUAGCGAUAAUAGUCAUGUUCCCUGGUAUGAUUCAAACUGUUGAGUCUUGUUGGUAUUUUGGGGACUUCUUCUUUGACCGAUACUACGCUGUUUGCCAACCUCUGCUUUACAGAAGUAAAAUAUCUGUUAAUGUUGUGUUAAUCAUGAUUCUGAUCUGUUGGAGUAUUUCUCCCAUCAUAGGCUUUGGAAUGGUUUUUCUGAAGUUAAAUAUUUUGGGUGUUGAAGAGUUUUAUUAUAAACAUGUUGUUUGUGAAGGAGGAUGUGUUUUGUUUCAGAGUGGAGUGUCUAGUACUGUCUCAUCUGUGAUUUCCUUUUACUUGCCUGGGAUAAUAAUGCUUGGUGUUUAUGUGAAGAUUUUCCUUGUGGCACAGACACAGUUUCACAGCAUACAAAUUGCAGGAUGUGUGAAUUCAGUAAAAAUGUCAAACACAAGCCAGACAAAGGCCACUAAAACCCUAGCUAUUGUAAUGGGGGCUUUUCUGUGCUUUUGGACUCCAUUUUUCGUCUGUAACAUCAUCGAUCCUUUUAUUAGUUACUCAACACCCCCUGAGUUGUUUGAAACACUUGUAUGGUUUGGCUACUUGAAUUCUACUGUGAACCCAAUGAUUUAUGCAUUCUUUUAUAGUUGGUUCAGAAAGGCGUUUAAAUUAUUAACCUCAGGUGACAUCUUUAAAUCUGACAUUUCUGAGACAACACUUUUCACUGAAUAA